AUGCAUAGUGACAGUAAGAGUGCAAUACAUCUGGCAAAGAACAUAGUUUUUCACUCCAGAACUAAGAUCAUUGGCAUACGAUAUCAGUUCAUCAGAUCUCUUCUUGAGGAUGAAGUGUUGACUUUGAAGAAGAUUGUAGGAAGCAAGAACCCGAGAAAUAUGCUAAUGAAGGGGGGCCCUACCAUCUUGCCCUUCAUCAUCUCGUAUCUCUUGAUCUUCAUCUACCACGUCCUCCUUGGACCAACCGGUCGAGCUUCGUCCGCCCCAUUUCUGUUUGUAUUUGUUUCGGCUGGCGUGGCACAACCCUCGACCGCGUCAUCUCAUAUAACAGUCGCGUCCACGGCCGCCGUCGAAGCCGCCCCUGAACCCAACCCUUUUUCCGCCUCUUUGAGUGGCCGAUAUUCUCUUGUGGUUCUGUAA